UCUGAAAAGCGUUCCAAGACGUAAAAUAAACCACGCAGCUUCACUUCCUAAUUUUCAAGCUGAUGCGGAAUAUGUGACAUUUAAGGUGGACAUACAAAAUUCCAGAUUAAACGCUGAAUGGAUAAUGGACAAAGAAAUGAUCAGGACUGCUGAAACAUAGUUUUAUCAGCAUAUCAGCAUAAACCUGAAGACCAUGAAGAAUUUAAAAGUUCUAAUUUCAAUGGAAUCUACGUUCUUUCUCUUUGUGCUGUCCUACUGUGUACUUCUCAGUCUGAUAGAUGGAUAUUCACUGAAGGACUGCACAGUCAAAGGCUCUUUAAACUCCACAACUAUGAAAGUGUUCUGCUACAAAAGGCAGCUACAUGCUGUUCCUGAAAGCGUACCAAGCAGAGCGAGGGUGCUGGACAUUUCCUACAAUAAAAUAUCAGUGAUAAAGAAGAACGAUUUGGGAGACUUGACCAAUCUUCACAACUUAAAUCUUAGUAAUAACAUGAUCGAAGAAGUGGAGGACGGGGCCUUCAGAGGUUUGGCUGCCUUACAGGAACUGAAUCUUGCCCACAACAGACUCACAACCAUCUCAGGAGGAUUCUUCCAGAAUCUGUUUAAUCUCACUUUGCUUCGACUGAAUGAAAAUCACAUUUCAAACAUCAGUUCAUCUGCUUUUCUUCCUCUAAUCAGCCUGGUAAUGUUGAAUUUGUCAGGAAAUCAUCUACAAUACAUACACAAAGCACAGCCUGUUUUUCAGAUGCCUCGUAUUCAGGAGCUGCAUAUUGGGAAAAAUGGAUUUUCCUCUUUUGAAACAUGCCAAGUUUCAAAUACAUCCCUGCAACUGCAAGUCCUAGAUCUCUCCCACAAUCCUUUGCAGUCAUUCAGGAUCACAGCCAAUAUUUUUCCUCACCUUGAAACAUUAGACCUGGCAUUCAAUGAAGUCAGUGUGAAGUGGGACGUGCAGGACAAAAACUACUUCAGAAAUGUUGACAGACUCAACUUAAGUGGAAUAGAAAUGGCACCAGAGAAGAUGAAGAUAAUGCUGCACACUUUUAACUCUACAUUGUCUAAUCUCAGACUGUACUACUUGGGGGAGCAGAAAGCAAAAUCACUCGCUAAGGAAGCUUGCCUGAUUAACUCACUGACAACCCUACGUUUAGAGUCAAACAACAUCAAUUCCAUAUCUGAAAAUGAACUAAAAAACUGCUCAAAUUUGAAAGUACUGGACUUGGCUGAAAACAACCUCACUAAAAUAACAGUUCUAGCAUUUAAAUCAAUGUCUAAACUUAAUACUCUGAGUCUUUCCCAUAAUAAGUUGAGUAAUGUUCCCACUGCCAUUAGAAACCUUUCCACUUUGGAGGUCCUAGAUCUCAGCUACAAUUCCAUAACUACUCUAACCUGCUCAGAUUUUACCAAUCUAGCACAGUUAUUGAUGGUUCAUAUUUACAGGAAUCCUUUGUCCUCUGUGGAACAUUGUGCUUUUCAAGACCUUCAUAAUUUGAAGACACUCAUUAUUGAUUCAACUGCACUGUAUACUUUAAAAGGAUAUUUCAUGAGUGGUCUCCAAAACCUGACGUAUUUGUCAUCAUCACGGAACAAACUAAGUAUGAUCAAUAGGGAUGAUUUUAAAUGUUUGCAGUCCCUCACACAUUUGCAUUUACCAGACAACCAAAUAAAAAGUAUAGAUGCAGGAGCGUUUCAAGGAUUACAGAAACUGGAUUUACUAAACCUGCAAUCAAACAAGAUCACCCAGACUUCAAUAAGUGCUUCUGUUUUCUCAGGACUUCCAAAUCUUAAGCAGUUGAUGUUAAAUAAUAAUUGCAUAUCGUACUCGGGCCAGGACAGCCUCAGUGAGCCACCUUUUAAACAUCUGAAGUCGUUAUAUAUUAUAGCAAUUUACAGUCAGGGCAAUAAUGGAAUGAAGAACAUUCCCUCAAACUUUUUGGAAGGAUUGACAUCUUUAAAAAUAUUCUGGGCUGGAAAUCUCAAUAUAAACUCUCUGCAUCCUGACACCUUUACUUACACCCCUGAACUGUCGAUACUGGACCUCAGCAAAAAUUACUUAACAACAAUCUCCUCUGACAUAUUUAUGCCACUUAAAAAACUCAGCAGUUUCACCAUGAUUCAGUCAGGGAUACAAUCACUGGAUUUCCUUAUUGAAGCAAACCUCAAGGAAAUACAACUUUUAUUGAUCAGAAAAAAUUCAAUAGCGGUCAUCAAUGAGACUCUGAUUGACAUAGUUUCAAAGUUAUCCCUUCUGGAUAUACAAGGAAAUGAAUUUUCAUGUGACUGUGAUAACGCCUGGUUUAUUGACUGGGCAGUCAACAACAACAACACACAAGUUUUAAAAGUUGAUGAGUUCAAGUGCAACUACCCACCAAAUUUCAGAGGAAAUCGACUUCUAGAUCUUGACAAAGACUCGUGUGUUGUUGAUGUGGGACUGUUAUGUUUUGUCUUCACCACAUCUUUUGUCCUUCUGACCCUGCUCAGUUCUUUUCUCUACCAUUUCUUGAAAUGGCAGUUUGUCUACACCUACUAUCUGUUCCUGGCUUUUCUUUAUGACAAAAAACAGCAGAAAAAACAAACCCUCCAGAGCUUCCAGUAUGAUGCUUUCAUAUCCUAUAAUACCCACGAUGAACUGUGGGUUAUGAAGAAGCUGUUGCCAAAACUGGAGGGAGAGCAGGGCUGGAGGUUGUGUUUGCACCACAGAGACUUCCAGCCAGGUAAACCCAUCAUGGAUAACAUUGUGGAUGGGAUCUAUAGCAGCCGGAAGACAAUCUGUGUGAUCAGCCAUCACUACCUGGAGAGUGAGUGGUGUUCUAGAGAAAUCCAGGUGGCCAGUUUCCGACUCUUUGACGAGAAGAAAGACGUUCUCAUCCUGGUGUUCCUGGAGGAAAUUCCAGCCCAUCAGCUGUCUCCAUAUUACAGGAUGAGGAGCAUAAUCAAGAAGCGUACCUACCUUACCUGGCCUAAACCAGGAGAGGACACUCAGGUCUUCUGGCAGAACCUGGAAGUUGCUCUGGAGGCCAAAGACACUUCUAAAGAGAAAAGGCCUAUUCUUUCUCAAUUAGGAAGGAUCUGAGAAUGCCGAGGUACUACACAACAUUAUGAUGGUGUGUGGUGAAAAGGGAAUGAACUAUUUAGAGAAUGUAUUUACUCUUAUUAAAAUCAGAUCAUCAGUAGCUUCUGAUUCUUGUUUAAGCAAAUCAUUUUUUAAAUUUUUCUUGUACACCAAAGCAAAGUGUAAUACAUUUUUGUGGGCGUUUAGGUCCCACUUUAAAGCAAAUGAAGCAAAUCUGAGUUGUUUGCGGUGUGAUUUCUUCAUGGGGUUCCUACAGAGUGAAUUCCCUCAGAUAUUGAAUUAACCUAGGCUUGUUCACUGUGUUGGGUCCAUGGUUUCCAUCUGAAUGAAUCACUAUUAAUGUGUUUGGUAGAUAGCUUGCCAGUUUUACUUGAUGUUUGUCUUUCUUUUUAGUUCUCUAAGCAAGACCCAUGUUCUGCCACAUACAAUAUUGUAGUAACACUUCACAUUCCUAGGCUGUGUAAAAUUAAACUAGAAAUGCAUGUGAAAAAGACAAAUUCUCAAUUAAUCUAAAUUCUUUUUUUAUGUAUUAAAAAUAUUCUUCUUUUAACGAUAAUUAUUAAUGACCAAAAGAAGGUUUGUGUAUGAAGAUGAACUGUCAUAUGAUGCAGUC